AUGAACCUACUCGACAAAUACCGAACCGUUAAUGCAACUCCUCUUCCUACCGUUGUACUGCAGUUCGAUGCAACCGACUCUACACCCAUUACCGACUCGCAGAGAGCUUACGAUGACCGUUUCAAACUAGAACGCGAAGUCGAAGCGAGGAGCAUGUCAAAUACGCAAGAGUGCUCGGAUACUUGGUCCUCCAUCCUCCUUCUAACGCCCUUAAGGAGAUUAUAA